AAAGUGCUUUAUGUACUUUAGUGGGAGCAGAGACCUUCUUCCUGCUGCUGGUUCAACUCUAUUUUACUAUGUGGCUGCUUCAUUUUUUGUUACCUUUUGACAUAAAGGGGUUAUUCCUGUUUAUUGUUGUUUUUUUCAUAAUAGCUGACAUCCUCAAAAACAGGAAUCCUGCAAAUUAUCCUCCAGGACCGUUGUCUCUUCCCAUUGUGGGGAGUUUCUUUAGUGUGGAAAGGAAACAUCCACACAUUUAUUUUACAAAGCUGGCUGACAUCUACGGGGACGUGUUCAGCGUCCGUCUCGGCCGUAACAAAACGGUGUUUGUUUCUGGGUACAAGAUGGUGAGGGAAGCCAUAGUGAUGCAAGCCGACAACUUUGUAGAUCGACCAAACAAUGCGAUGGCUGACAGAGUUUACUCAGGAGACUCAGGUGGUCUGUUCAUGAGCAACGGGGAAACAUGGAAGAGACAGCGACGCUUUGCCUUGUCUACCUUGCGUAGCUUCGGCCUGGGCAAAAGCACCAUGGAGCAGAGUAUCUGUGAGGAGAUCCAACACCUGCAGGAGGAGAUAGAGAAGGAGAAAGGUGAACCUUUCAACCCAGCAAGCCUCUUCAACAAUGCUGUGUCCAACAUCAUCUGCCAGCUGGUGAUGGGCAGACGGUUUGACUACAGUGACCACAACUUUCAGUCCAUGCUGACGUAUCUCUGCGAAAUUCUUAGGCUGCAGGGCUCUGUAUGGGGUCUGCUGUAUGACUCAUUUCCAAGAGUGAUGAAGCACCUACCGGGUCCUCACAACAAAAUCUUCAGCCACUACGAUUCCCUUCUGGACUUCAUGAAUAAGGAGGUAGAAGGUCACAAGAAGAACCUGGACCACAGCGAUCCCCAGGACUACAUUGAUGCGUUCAUCAUUGAAAUGGAGAAGCACAAUGAAUCGGAUCUGGGCUUCACUGAAGCCAAUCUGGCUCUGUGCUCUCUGGAUCUGUUCCUGGCUGGAUCUGAGACAACCUCCACCACUUUGCUGUGGGCGUUGGUUUACCUCAUGAAAUACCCUGAUAUUCAGGACAAAGUCCAGGUAGAAAUAGACGGAGUGAUCGGACGAACCCGACAGCCCAGUAUGGCAGACAGACCCAACCUGCCCUACACUGAAGCUGUCCUCCACGAGAUCCAGAGGAUGGGAAACAUUGUUCCUCUCAAUGGAGCCAGAAUGACCGCCAAGGAUACACCACUGGGCGGUUACUUAAUACCCAAAGGUACUACCGUGAUGCCCAGCCUAACCUCUGUGCUGUUUGACAAGACUGAAUGGGAAACUCCACACACCUUCAACCCUGGACACUUCUUAAGUGCUGAGGGAAAGUUUGAGAAGAGAGAAGCUUUCCUGCCUUUCUCCGCAGGGAAACGAGUGUGUCCUGGGGAAGGCCUGGCCAAGAUGGAGCUGUUCCUGUUUCUGGUUGGUUUACUACAGAAGUUCUCUUUCUGUGUUCCUGAUGGAGUAGAGUUGAGUACAGAAGGAAUAACGGGAGUUACCCGUGUACCACAUCCCUUCAAGGUUUACCCAAAGGCUCGCUGAAUCAUUUUAUAUUUCAUGUACACAAUGUGUAAUAAAAUGGACAAAACAGCUUUAGUAGAGAAGCUCAUUUUAACCUUUCACUGUUUUAUCAUUGCUUCAUGUCUUGAUGACUUUUAUUCUUCCUAUCUGAUCAUUCAAUCAUAUUUUAUUAAGUUAGUAUUUCCAUAAAGGAAUGUCUCUUGAUGUGAAAUGUUUCUUGGUCGGUUUUCCUUGUUGAUGAUAAAAUGAGGUUUUUACAGUAUUAUCUCAAGUGUGAGUCAUGUAGUCAGUUUGUGGAGUUCAUGGGUGCUAAUUUAGUGCUUUAGUGUUUACGUUCAAAGGUAUGCUGUUGAUUUUAUAAUUCUGCUUAUAAGUUCACCUCCCAUUUUAGUCUCCAUUGCUCACCUUUGUUCAGUUUUUGGAUUGCAGUAUUUAUAGAAUCCUGCCUAGUUGUGAGUAGGUGGCGCAAUGACUAUCGGUUGAUUUAAACAUGCUGAAGUCUUCUAAUAAAACUUAAUUUAUGGAAACUUUAAACUUAAUAAAGACAAAGUAAGGUU